CCCCUUUUCUCGUACGGCUACCCCGCUUCCUCCGCGCCACCUCGAUGGAGCUGCACGGGCUGGACCUCCGCUUGCAUUUGCAACCCUCACAGGCCGGCGCGGGGUUCCCGUUGGUUGAGAGGCUGACCCUCUCCGGCUGCAACGUCGACCUCGGGGUCUUGAUCCCUAACUGCCCGCGCCUGCAGGUGCUCACGGUAGACGACUUCACCGUCCGCUCGACAUCGCUGCAAGAGCUCCUCGUGAACCGCAUGAAGGCGAUGAGAGGCCGCGCAGAGGCAUGCGCGCUUAUGCAAUUGACGGCGUUGUCCUCCUUCCUGGACGGCGGCGAGCAUAGCUGGUCCUGCUCGUAUCCCAAGGUGACUCAUGGGCUUGCUCUUUGGGGCCUCUUGGAGCUGGGCUUGAAGACAUGAAAGAGACAAGGAGAGGAGGUCUUGUCCCUGCACAUGUGUGCCCAAGAUUCAUUGAGUUUUCAAGGUGCAGAGCGCGGAUUUGUGGCGGAGAUAGGUAAACAUGUGGUCACCCAGUUCUCUACUUUGAAUCUACAUCUCACAACAAAGGGGCAUGCAUUUGGAGCAUUUGUCUUGCGUCUCCUUGGCAUGCAUCGUCUUAAAGAUAUACAGAAUUUUAACAUCGAUGUAUCGAGAUCCGAGGUGAAAGAAGCAUGCCCACUAAAUUGUCCUUGCGAUGGCUCAAAGGAUUGGAGAUCCCAAACUAUCUCCUUGAAUCUUCGAAAAGUGAAAAUUGAAGGCUUCAAAGGGAAGAAUCAUGAGUUAGAUUUCCUGAAAGUGGUACUUAGAUGCUCGCCAAUGCUUAAAAGUGUGACUGUGAAGCUGCCAGAUCAAGACAUGCCAAGUGAUGAUUGGUGCACAAAAAUACACAAUAUUUUUGGAGAGUAUCCAUAUGUAGAAGGCAACAUUGAUCUUAUCUCUGGUUAGAGGGGUUCUGCUUGCAUGAUUAGCAUAUACUCCCUCCGUCCGAAAAUACUUGUCAUCAAAAUGGACAAAAAAGGAUGUAUCUAGAACUAAAAUACAUCUAGAUACAUCCCCUUUUAUUUAUUUUGAUGACAAGUAUUUUCGGACGGAGGGAGUAUGUCUAGAAGGAACAAUUACUUUUACCUUUUGCAUGAUUAACAUGUUCCUAGAUGCGGCAACUACUUUUAUGUAAUUAUUAUAUGUUUGUACGGGUCUGAAUCCUAAACUCAUGCUUGAUAACCGAAUGGCAGGACAUCUGCCUUUUCGUCAAAAGAUAAGGAAAAAAAAAUCAUGCUUGAUCAA